AUGGCUGAUCAAGUGUCGAGGCAGGAGAUACAAAGCGCCAUCGACGAGAACCGUGAGCACUUUCACUCUUUCAACCUACAGUUGGGCUACGUAGAUGGACAACACCUGUCUCGCGGACCCUCGGAUUACCGGAAAGAGCUUAUGCAAGGUGCUCGACUACCUCACUUCUGGCUUGAAGAGCGAGGCCAAGCAAUAUCGACUCUCGACUUAGUGGAUGCUUUGAGCUUCGUGCUUGUAUGCGACUCUACCUUCACAGAUCUUUCCUGGCUCAUCAUCUCCAACGUCUCGGUGACAAUCAAGCGAUCAAGUCAGGACUUCAACGACCGGGUAGGAGCAUGGACCAAAUACCUGGAGAGCUUAGCUGUUCGGGCCGUGCUUGUUAGACCAGAUCAACAUAUCGUUGAUCGAGUGUCAAGGGUUGAGGACGUGGAGAAGACAUUGAGGGCGUACCUGUCUAGCUAA